AGGUUCCUAAGUAUUGUUGCCUGGUCAGGUGAUGCGGCUCGGAGGGGGAAUCCAAGCCUCCCCAUUCACGACAUUUAAGACUAACACUACUCGCCGUCGUGACGUCGACUUAUCUCUCCACUUCCUCCUCAAUCCUCCCCGCUGCUUCAUCUGCAUUGUCCUCCUUCAGUGCUUGAUCCCUCAACCCGCUUCCAUGUCAAACCGCCCUCUUUCAUCUCGACUGUUUUGAUGAACACAAGAGCUAUGACCGUACCAACGGCGCCCAGAGAAUCUCCGCUCUUAGCACUACCGACCGAGCUCCUCGUUCAGAUCUUCCAGUCGGCGCCAUCCUUUAGAGCCGUCACGAAUCUCGCAGCGUCAUCGAAACAGCUCUACGACAUCUGGCGCCAGUAUCUUACUCCAAUUUACAAUGAAGUCUCCCGGUCUUGUAUCCCCAACAAGUCAGCCUUGCUUUCCAUGCUAGCAGACCUCGGGAAAAUCUCACUCGACACGCAUCCCCUCACUCUCGAUCAUAUCGCCUGCAUCGUACGAGAAUCGCGCCGCAGUGAUGCUCUCAUUAAAGGGUACACCCUGAUGCAUCCGCACCUGUUGAAUGAUCCACAAACACCAGCGUCUCUCUCGCCUCCCGAGGAAAGACGGCUCGUCCGCGGCAUGUACCAGCUCAUCGGGUUGUUGUCUCUUGAUAAACGCACCCGCGACAAGCGCGUUAAGGAGAUGGACCUGAAGACGUUGUUCCUCCUUUCCGAUUUCACUUGCGUCAUUGACCCUUACUUCAUCACCAUGGACUCAGACUUCAACGGGGAUCCGGAUCUUCGAGCGAUCUUGGAGGAGGAUUCGGUAUCAAUCCGGCUUUUGCAGCGGGAUCUUCGGGCGCGGCGCAACAAGGUCUUUGAACAGAUGUACGGUCGCAGAUACCGCCCUGUGGCGUGUACGCCGUUCGAGUCAGGUGGACGACAUGCGUGGUGGUGUGAUUGCCAGCAAAAGACGUUCAAGGACAUGCUGACCGGACGGGUUUUUGGUGAAAAGGGUGCCGCUGGUGUACCAAAGGUCAGGGACGACUUGUGGUAUGACAGCGCGGAGGAGUGA